AUGGAGAAGAUGGCCCUGGAGAGACUCGAGUGGAUAGCCGACCAUCUGGGCUUCUUCCCGGAGCAGCAGACGGGCUUCAGGCGACACCGGUGCACGGCAGACUCCAUCUCAGACGUCGUCGCUACCCUCGAGGACGCCAGGAGCUGCGGGGACGUGGUCAUGCUGCUGCUGCUGGAUGUGGAGAGCGCCUUCGACGGACUCCCACACGUGGUCGUCGAGGCGGCCCUGGACCAGCUUGGCAUCAGCGGGAGCCUCCGAGGUUUUGUGACCGCCUUCCUGUCCGGGAGGACCUUUCGCGUCCGUGUUGGACGGGAGACCAGCCAACCCAGGGACAUCACUGCUGGUGUCCCACAGGGAUCCGUCCUGAGCCCCUUCCUGUUCGACAUGGCGCUGGCAGGACUUCCAGCCUCCCUCCCGACAGACACAAGGUUCCCGGCCCACUGCUCCGUCUACGCAGACGACGUGGCGCUCUGGGUCCGGGGACCACGGCGGUCCAUUCCAGCCAUCAGGAGAUCACUGCAGACGUCCCUGGAAGCAACCGAGGCCCUGCUGAUCCACCCGCUGGCAGCGGCACGAGGCUACGUGAAACAGCUACGGGUUGGCAACCGUCGCCUGCCAUCGAGGCUGACGGUGAAGUACCUGGGGCUCACCAUCGACCACCGGCUCACGUGGAUCCCGGCUACCAAGGCUGCUGCUGCCAGGGUGCGGCGCGUCCAGGGCGCCAUCAGCAGGCUUCAGCAGCGUGGCCGUGGCUGCUCCACCAGGAGACGACUGCUGGAGGGACUCCACAGGGGAGCGGUGAAGUCCAUCCUGGGGCUCCCCAAGUGCUCCCCGGUGGCAGCAACUCUCGCGGAGGCGGGAGAGUGGCCCCUGUCGCUACGCAUGCUGCAGCGUGCGUUGGGACACAUCGACCGCCUCCACCGCGCCGCUGAUGGAAGGGCCCUCCUGGAGCGCCUUCGCAGCCAGCCCGGGUCACGGAUGGGUGGUCUCUGCCUGCUGUACCACCAGAUGGUCCCGGAUCCGCCAGUCCCGAUUGCCCCUCCACCACCACACCACCGGCCACCAGAGGUCCACCUCGGUUUGGAGGGGGCAACCAAGCGACGAACACCUGCGGCCGCAUUACAGCAGGCAGCCACUUGCAAACUUCAGAAGCAACUGAAGGGGCGGCUGCAGGUGUUCACUGACGGAUCUGUCAUGCCAGACGUUACCGCGGCGGCUGCCUGCGUCAUCCCGUCCAGGGCCAGCAGCAGGCAAUGCAGACUACCCUUCCCGGCGAGCUCCACGGCGGCAGAACUGGCAGGCCUUCACCUGGCGGCGGACCUCCUGGCUGAGGAUAUCCCUGCCGAACCGGUUGCGGUCCUCUGCGACAGCAGGGCGGCCCUGCAGAUCCUGGCCAACCGCCGCCGCGCCGGAAUGACAGCCAGCCUCCUGACUGCCAAGUUCCGGGCUCUCACUGACGCUGGGUUGUCCGUCUCCUUUCACUGGCUGCCCUCCCACGUGGGCAUUGCUGGAAAUGAGGAGGCGGACACCCUUGCCAAGGCAGCACACCAGCCUGGCAUCCCCGUCUCUCAGGCCGUGGCGGCCAGGGAUUUUUCGCAGGCUCGUCUCAAGAAGCUCCUCGUCACAGUCCACCCGGACACGAGGGUGGCCAACGGGCGAGGACCAAAGCUUCUUCCAGAGACGGGCCUCACCAGGAGGGAACGGGCCGCCCUGCUGCGACUGCGGACCGGCUGUAUCUGGACCACAUCCCGCCGCUACGCCAAGGGUCGCUGCACCUCCCCGGCCUGCAACCGUUGCGGGGACCCUGAGACCCUCGAGCACCUGCUCUGUGCCUGCCCUGGUUUGGCACAGGAACGCUCGAGGGUCACCACGGCCUACAGGAGACAGGGCCUACCUGCCUCCACACUGGAGCAUUUCCUCUACCCGUCUCGCCCUCAUCUGCCAGCGCUCCGGAGCCUGGCGGAGUUCCUGGAGCAGACGGGUAUAGCGGCCUACCGCUGA